AUGGCUAGUUUCUGAAUGCAUUACAAAACGUUUGUACCCAACCAUUGUGUGUUUUGGUCAGGAACUCACAUCACUCUCGUGUCACAUUCCCGGUGUGUGGGGUUCUGCCUGGAUGCUGCGGCCGUCCUGGCUAAAGAGGGGGUUGAAUGUGAGGUGGUUAACCUGCGUACCAUAAGACCUCUGGAUGUGGAGACCAUUGAGGCCAGCGUGAUGAAGACUGGCCAUCUGGUCACGGUGGAAGGAGGCUGGCCCCAGUACGGAGUAGGGGCUGAGAUCUGUGCCAGGAUCAUGGAGGGCCCAGCCUUCAACUACCUGGAUGCCCCUGCAGUCCGCGUGACCGGUGUCGACAUCCCCAUGCCCUACGCUAAGAUCCUGGAGGACCACAGUGUACCUCAGAUCAAAGACAUCAUCUUCACAGUCAAGAAGGUCUUGAAUAUGUAAACAUACCAAUGUCUCCCUCCCUCUCCCACCGUGUCUCCCUCCCUCCCUCUCCCACCGUGUCUCCCUCCCUCCCUCUCCCACCGUGUCUCCCUCCCUCCCUCUCCCACCGUGUCUCCCUCCCUCCCUCUCCCACCGU